AUGACACACAUGCGUUCUGAACCAGUAGUAACAAACGUAAAUUCUAUGCCAGUUGUGACAAGUGUAAGUUCCGCAACUCUUAAUCCAUCAGCUAUAACUUUUGUACCUCAGAAUGAAAACACUGCUAAUGUUACAGGACAAUACGUUCAAAUUGAAGACCUUACGAAAUCACUCGCCGAACAAGUGAGUCUUAGUCGGCUGCCGCCACCCGAACCGUCAGUCUUUUUUGGUGAUCCUUUAAAAUAUCCUGCGUGGAAAUCAUCAUUUCAAACUCUUAUUGAACAACGAAAAAUUCCGACUUUUGAGCGUAUACAUUAUUUGCGAAAGUAUGUCGGAGAUUCAGUGCGAGAGGUAAUUGAAAACUUUCUAAUAUUGUCUACCGAAGACGCUUACGAUGAUGCAAAGGAACUCCUUGAGAAAAGAUUCGGUGAUCCGUUUAUUAUCAGCAAUGCAUUCCGUGAUAGGCUCGAUAAUUGGCCGAAAGUACCGUCUAGAGACAAUAUUGCUCUAAGAAAAUUUUCCGACUUUCUAAAACAGUGCUUGUCUGCGAUGAAAACUAUGGGAACAUUGAACGCGUUAAACGACAAUAGAGAAAAUCGUAAACUUUUGUCAAAACUACCGGAUUGGGUUGUAACACGGUGGUCCAGAAUCGUUGCGAAACACAAAGACGAUAAGCGUGAAUUUCCUUCAUUUCAAAUGUUUGUAAAUUUUAUAGAAAAAGAAGCAAUCAUAGCAAAUGACCCGGUAACGUCAAUACAGUCCGUCAGAUCAGAAACUACAAAUAGCACUAGUGACAAGUUUAAGACAAAUCGAUUUCAGCAUGGUAAAUAUGAUAAUCAGCGUAGAAAUGUUCUUGCGACAGAAACUUCGCGAGUGCCUGAUAAAAACAAUAACAGUUACAACAAGGAUCUAACAUGUACAUUUUGUAAGAAAACUGGUCAUUUCAUCGAUUCAUGUUAUCAGUUUCUUAAGAAGUCAGUGAAUGAGCGAAAGAACUUUGCGAAAGAAAACGGACUUUGUUUUGGUUGUCUUGGAUACGGACAUACAUCGAAGAAAUGUCAAAAACGUAAAAAGUGUGAAGUAUGUUCAAGGUUUCAUCCAACGUCUUUACAUGGUGACUUUCACAAACCGAUCAUUUCCGUCAACAAGGAUAAACCGUUAGAAACUAGCACCGUGGAAAAUUAUAAGUCACAUACCGGAGCCGUAUUCAUGAACAAUACAAAAGCAAGUUGCAAAAGUUCUAUGAUUGUGCCUGUUUAUGUGUCGCAUUCAGACGAUCCAGAUAAUGAAAGACUUGUUUAUGCUUUACUAGACACACAGUCCGACACUACUUUUGUUUUAGAUGAAACACGCCGUGCGUUAGGACUCCGUGGAACAGAUGUUAAACUCUCACUAUCUACAAUGCAUGCAGAAAAUCAUAUAGUUGACAGUCGUAAAAUAAAGGGUCUAGUGGUAAGGGGAUUUGACAGUGAAGUUAAAAUACCGCUUCCGAACGUAUUUACACGUGACAUCAUGCCAGCAAACCGAUCUCAUAUUCCAACAGCUGAAAUGGCACUUCGAUGGUCAUAUUUAGAACACAUUGCAGAAAAGUUGAUGCCCGUCCAAGAUUGUGAGUUUGGGCUUUUGAUCGGUUACAAUUGUCCUCGUGCACUUAUUCCACGUGAGGUAAUACCUUCAAUUGAUAAUGGACCGUAUGGACAGAAAACUGAUUUAGGAUGGGGAAUCGUUGGUAUAGUUGAUCCCUUGCAAAUAGACAACUGCGACUCAAUAGGAUUCAGUCACCGUACUCUUGCUCUUGAGGUUCCGAAUGAGUUAUCAAUUAAAAGUGGAGAUUCAGAACAUGUUUACUUUUCGUUUGGUUCGAGUGUUAAGGAAAUAAUUCCAAGUGAAGUUGCCCGCAUGAUGGAACUUGACUUUUCGGACAGAAAUGUUAACAAGAUUUCAUAUUCUUACGAUGAUAAAAGAUUUAUUUCUAUUCUUGAUGAAGGAAUAAGUGUUGAAAAUGGACAUUAUGUUAUGCCAUUGCCGUUCAAAGAUAAAAACCCGCCUAUUCUACCGAACAACAAGAACAUUGCAGUAACACGUUUAAAUCAAUUAAAGGGUCGUCUUCAGAGGGAUAAAACCUAUCGUACACAUUACUUUACAAGCAUGAAUGACUUUAUCGAAAAGGGUUAUGUAGAAAAGGUUGAAUCGUCUAAACAGGAUAACGAUGGUCAUGUAUGGUAUAUACCUCACCAUGGGGUAUACCAUAACCAAAAACCUGACAAGGUGCGUGUUGUAUUUGACUGUAGUGCUAGAUAUCAAGGUCAUUCUUUGAACGAUCAUUUGUUACAAGGACCUGAUCUUACCAACAAGCUUAUUGGAGUACUGUGUAGAUUUCGAAAAGAAAACAUAGCUGUGAUUUGUGAUAUAGAACAAAUGUUUCUUCAGUUUAACGUAAAUAAAGAUCAUAGAGACUAUUUAAGAUUUUUGUGGUGGAAAGACGACAAUCUUCAUGAAGAUCCUAUAGAAUAUCGUAUGAACGUUCACUUAUUUGGAGCCGCUUCUUCUCCUGGUUGUGCCAACUUUGGUCUGAAAAGAGUUGCUGACGAUUACGAAGAUGAGUUUGGAUCAGAUAUUUCAGACUUUUUGAGAUAUGAUUUCUAUGUUGAUGACGGUCUGAAGUCCGUUGCGUCCAUCGAUGAUGCAGUAAACUUAGUAAAACGAAGUCGAGAGAUGUGUAAUAAAGUAGGUUUAAAACUAUUCCAGUCUAACUCUAAAGAACUUUUAAAUCUAAUACCAAUUGAAGAUAGAGCAAAAGAUCUAAAGAACUUAGAUUUAUUAAAUGACAAACUGCCGAUUACGAAGACUCUAGGCAUACAAUGGUGUAUCGAAUCCGAUUCUUUUCAAUUUCGCAUUGAACUUACGAACAAACCACUUACGAGACGAGGAAUACUUUCAACGUUAAGUUCCGUGUAUGAUCCCUUGGGAUUUCUUUCUCCUUUCGUACUUCUGGGUAAACAGAUUCUACAAGAAUGUUGUAGCGAUCAAAUUGAUUGGGACGAACCGCCUUCUGAAAUUUUGAUACAAAGAUGGCAACAGUGA